CAGGGCGUGGAUGCUGAGGGUUCCGGUUCGUUCGCGGACUUUUGUGCCCGGGAUCCUGUCUUGCCCUUUCAGCCUCACUAUUUGGACGGUCUAGGUUUCUGCUACAAGCAGGAGGGUCGUCUGCACGAUGGCCGCAUUUGCAUUCAGGUGAAGGUCGUCACAAUUGUAUACGAAGGCUUACUGCCGGCCGAAGACCUGGCUGACUUUGAAGAUGCGGUGAGCAACCUCGCCGUCGAUUCACGCGUUGUUUGA